AACAAAGAGCAUGAAAUUAGAUGUCAAAAUUAAUAUCCCUUCAGAUCAAAGUAAAGCAAAACGAUGAUUUCGAUGUCAAAGGAUCGUUUCAGGGGUCUUAUGAUCCGGAAGGGCACGGCCCAUGCGAGAAAUUACAUCUGCAAGAAGAGCUUCAAGGCACGCCAAGAGCCAGAGACUUUGGAGGCCCAGAUCCGGACACAGACCCCGCAUCAAAUGCAGCCCGAAAGUAGAUAUCCGGAGACGAACUUUGCUUGGAAUAAGACAGCAGCUUCAUUCAAACCAGCUAGAGCCAGCUUUUCCGAUCAGAGGGAAAAGUGGAUGGCCGCGGCCAAAGAGGUGCAGCUCAAGGCCAUUCUGGCAGCCAAAGGCAGUGCUGCGCGGGCCACUUGUCCCCCAGGCAGUCGUUGCAAGGCUAAAGGAAACCAAAACCAAAGUCCCCCAGGCGGAUUCGGAUAUUCCGGGAAAUCCAACUGGCAGCAGCAGCAGCAGCAUCCGCCGCAAAAGAAGCCAAAUGGCAAUAAUGAGAUCAUCUCCUCCUCACGGAUGCAGAAGCAGGCACGACUCGUUAAGGAACUGCAGCAGCUCUCUAGGAUAAAUUCCAAAGCGUUAGCAUCAUCAGCACCAACAGCGGGAACAUCUUUAAUAGCCAAUAAACUUGCUGCAGAGCCGGAGAAUGCGCAAAAGAAGUCGCGCGAGCGUUUGGCUUACCUGAAGGCCAUCCAACAGUUGAAUAGCUACCACGCCUUCGACCCGGUGCCUGGACUUGGGAUGUGCUUGCCGGCAGAUCGGAUAAUGGAGCAUACCCCGGAGCGCAUUCCCGUCAUACAGAUAACAGGAUCGAAGGGCAGAGCAACCACAAGUGGCCUUGUGCAGCAUAUCCUGCUAUCGCAUGGCAUCCGGACAGGGCUACUCUGCUCGCCACACCUCUUCUCUUCCUACGAGGGAAUACGCAUCGAUGGGGAGCCCUUGAGUGAGGUUAGGUUCACGAAACUCUUCUGGAAGAUCCACUCGAGGCUGGACAAAAUGCAACCACCGCCGGCCUACAAUCAACUCCUGACGCUGAUGGCCUUCCAUGCGUUCCGCCAGGCGAAUGUGGAUGUGGCCAUUGUAGAGUUGGGCAGUGGAGGCACCAACAUCACCGCCCAAGCGGGAACCAUCGGCCUCAACAGCCUGGGCUCCCUGCCGGACAUUGCUUGUGCCAAGGCGGCGGCAACCAUAUACACGAAUGUCAGCCCAGCGGAGUGCUGCGAGAUGGGCGUCAAGCUCCAUCGCGUGCCCACAUUCAGUGCCCUGACCGAUGCAAAUCCUUGCCACAAGCGUUUGCUCUCCAGGGCCAACAAUUGCGUCAAAUUGAAUGGCCCAUUGGGCAUCCAACUGGCAUACGACUAUCUCAGGCGACACAGGCCCGAGCUUGUUGUGGAAUGGGGGGACACAACUCAAUUAUCCCCGGGUGCACUACGCGGAAUUGAGACCUUCCAGCCGGCGGGACACUUCGAUGUGAUCAAGCAUGACAUCCUGAAUGUCCAUUUGGACCCGGCUGAUUCUGUUGAAUCGAUGAUGGCCUGCAGGGAGUGGUUCCACUCACGAACUCGUGCCACCCGCUCGCCAAAGCUGCUGCUGUACAGCAGGGCGAAUGCCAAGGACAUUAAUGCCAAGGAUCUGCUAACGAUCCUCCGCUGCAAUGUGCGCUUCGAUGAAGCUUGCUUUGUGCCCUGCCCCAACUUUUUUGAGGGUGAAUUUGUGGCCGAGGAGCAGUCCACGGCCAUGGUUUGGCACGACAAGGCGGAGCUGCACCGGGCAAAGCGCAAUGCCAGAAGCUGGCGGCAUCUCUGCGAGGAAUGCGGCAAGAAGGACACUUCCCAUCUCACCAUUUCGUUGAGCUCAUUCUUUGAUCACGUCCUGAACAAGUACGGCCAGCAGAAGUCGGGCACAAGGACUGAAGUCGAUAUUUUAGUAACUGGCUCCCGACAAUUGGUGGCUGCUGCUAUAGCAAUACUCAACAAAAUGAGGGGCUCAACCCACAAGCGUUGUUAGCCACCAGAGUGGGGAAUGCAUUUAAAUGUUGUGCAACCGAAUGUGGAGUACCUUUUAAGGGUUCUAAUCGGCUGCUUCGUACUGCGAAUCUACGUAAAUUUAAUUCAAAAGUCACUUGAGAUGCCCUGGAGUCGGUCGCAGUGAUGACUGUAAAUUGUAAUUAGUCUCCAAUGCGUGAUACUGGCUGCCAUAUUUCUCAGAAUAUUUAUUAUAUAAGAAAAGAAAUUUA